AUGGUUGCCGAUACUAAAUUUUACGAUAUCUUGGGUGUGAGUCCAACUGCUACAGACAGUGAACUCAAAAAGGCUUACAGAAAGCUUGCUUUAAAGUAUCAUCCAGACAAGAAUCCUGAUGCCGGUGACAAAUUCAAAGAGAUUUCUCAUGCUUACGAAAUCUUGUCUGAUCCCGAAAAGAGAGAAAUCUAUGACCAAUAUGGUGAAGAAGGCUUAAACGGUCAAGGUGGAAUGGGUGGUAUGAACGCUGAAGAUUUGUUCUCUCAAUUAUUUGGAGGUGGAGGAUUUUUCGGUGGAGGUGGCCGUCGUGGACCUCAAGGACCUCGUCGUGGUAAAGACAUGGUGCACCAAUUGAAAGUGAGUCUUGAAGACCUUUACCUUGGAAAGACCAGCAAAUUGGCUUUGCAAAAGAAUGUGCUCUGUAACAAGUGUGAUGGCAAAGGAGGCAAAGAAGGUGCAGUUCAAACUUGUAAAGGCUGUAAUGGACAAGGUAUCCGUAUCAUGAUGAGACAAAUGGGUCCCAUGAUUCAGCAAGUGCAGCAAGCAUGUCCUGAAUGCCGUGGUACGGGUGAAGUCAUUAACGAAAAGGACCGUUGUAAACAAUGUCUGGGUAAAAAGAUUGUAACCGAACGAAAGAUUCUCGAAGUUCAUAUCGAACGUGGUAUGCGUGGAGGUCAAAAGAUUACAUUCUCUGGUGAAGGAGAUCAAGCACCUGGUAUCAUUCCUGGUGAUAUCAUCAUCGUCCUUGAAGAAAAGCCUCAUCCUCGCUUCACUCGUAAAGGAGAUGACCUCGUUUACGAAGCCAAGAUUGAUCUUUUGACUGCCUUGGCUGGUGGUCAAUUUGCUAUACCCCACUUAGAUGAUCGUGUUCUUUUGGUGAAUGUGAUUCCUGGUGAAACGAUUCAACCUGACAUGGUUAAAGUGAUCCCCCAUGAAGGUAUGCCUAUACAUCGUAUCGACAACCGUGGUCAUCUCUUUGUCAAGUUCACUGUUGAAUUCCCUCAAUCUAACUGGACAGACGAAGAAACAAUCAAAAAAUUGGAAACCAUCUUACCUCCUCGUCCCGCAUUACCCACAUUUCAAGAUAAACAUACUGACGACGUUGUCUUGGUGGAUGCAGAAGGUUACCAAGCUAGAAACAGUGGUUCAUCUCAUGCAUAUCAUGAAGAUGAUGACGACGAUGAUCAUCACCAUGGUCCCGGUGUCCAAUGCGCUCAACAAUAA